CUUUGAGUACCCAGGCUGGCCAGGCGGUGGCUAAGGCGGCGGUGGCGGCCGGCAUGGGCGACGGGGGUGCCGAGCGCGACCGUGGCCCCGCACGCCGGGAGUCGUGCGGUGGGCGCGGCGGGGAUCGCAGUGGAGCGGAGGACUCGAGCGUUGAUGCCGGAGGCCGCAGCCCAAAGGAAAUUGCGGGAACCUCUGCCUCCAGCCCCGCGGGCUCUAGGGAGAGCGGCGCGGACAGCGACGGGCUGCCCGGACUCGGAGAGACAGACCACUGCCGCCGCAUCCUGGUGCGAGAUGCCAAAGGGACCAUCCGGGAAAUUGUUCUGCCCAAGGGCCUGGACCUGGACCGGCCCAAGCGAACCCGCACGUCCUUCACGGCUGAGCAGCUGUACCGCCUGGAGAUGGAGUUCCAGCGCUGCCAGUACGUGGUGGGCCGUGAGCGCACUGAGCUGGCCCGCCAGCUGAACCUCUCAGAGACCCAGGUGAAGGUCUGGUUCCAGAACCGCCGCACGAAGCAGAAGAAAGACCACAGCAGAGACCUGGAGAAGCGAGCGUCCUCCUCGGCCUCUGAGGCCCUUGCCACAUCCAGCAUCCUGCGGCUUCUGGAGCAGGGCUGGCUGCUGCCUGUGCCCCAGGCCCCCAGCCUCCUGGCACUGAUGCCCAACCCCACGGGCCUACCUGCUGGCCACAGGGGCACCUCCUUGGGUGACCCCAGGGACUCCUCCCCAUGCCUCAACCCUCUGACCUCGGCUUCAGUGUCCCCCCAACUGCCGCCCCCUCUGCCAGUGCUCUGCUUUUCCACUGCGUCGCUCCGGGACCUGCCUGUCCGCUACAAGCUGGGCUCCUCGGCCUUCGAGCCCUACAGCCGGCUAGAAUGGAACCCAGGCGGCCUGGGCAGCAGCAAGAAAACUAACGCUUAAGCCUCCACCCCCGUGUGGCACGGAGUCCCCAAACACAGCAUUACCCCUGCCUUCUGAGCCCCAGUGGACUGUCCUGAGCAGGCCCCCAGGUGAGGGGGGUGGCCAGGUGGUCCCACCCAGACCCCAGCACAGAGACUCUUGACCAGAUAGUUGUGGUCCUGCAGCUUGUGUGUGUGAGUCAAGUGUGUGUGGGUGUGCCUUUCACUGAAAUAAAAGGAAAACAAUGACUAGAAGG